UUCACAAAUCCGUCACCGAUUUUGACUCUAAUAUUACUAUUUUUUGGCCAAAAUGACAACAAAUGCGGAAACAGAGGAGCCAGAUCUUAUGAGCUUUGAGAAGUUGGACAGAGCAUCACCAGACCUUUGGCCAGAACAAAUUCCUGGUGUAUCAGAAUUUGCAGCUGCUAAGAGUCCUUUAUCAGGAACAAGCACACUAUCUAAAUGGAUGACAGAGUUAGAGAAUGAAGAUAUUGGUCUUUUACAAGAAUUUGGAAGCUUGACUACCUCUCAGUUGAUGGAGAAAAUUCGAGGUUUACAAAACUUGGCGUAUCAACUUGGAUUAGCUGAAGCCAGAGAAAUGACAAGAGGGAAGUUCCUGGAAAUAUUACAGAAGAAUAAAAAAUCCUGAUUUGCCAACUGGCAACAUUAUUGACAUUAUGUGUAUUGACUUAAAUUUCUACUGAUCAUUGUAACCAUUUAAUUUAUAAUAAAACAUAGAAUACUUUUAAAA